AUGAUACUGUGUGCUUCCAACGUUUUUGAGAAAAUGGCAAUUGGGCAGACAGCAGAUGUUGAUCUGCAUUUCUCUCAAUCGGACGAUGCUCCUUUUGCCAAGCGAGAGGUACACUGUGCGCUCGCUGGUGCCAAAGACGCUGGCGGCAGUAACAUCCUUAUCCAUACAUGGGCGUCCAAGACGCUAGCUAAACACUUCAGACCAGCUCGCUCACACUCUAGCGGGACAGCUUGA